GCUCCCCUAGCAGGAACCGAUGGAGAAACCACCACACAAGGUCUGGAUGGACUGUCCCGAACGUUGCGCUCAGUACAAGAAGGACGGUGCUGACUUUGCCAAGUGGCGCUGUGUGCUGAAGAUCUCAGAGCACGCACCCUCGAGCCUUUCAAUCUACGAAAAUGCCAACGUGUUGGCGCGGUAUGCCAGCAUUUGCCAGCAGAAUGGUCUUGUGCCAAUCGUGGAACCUGAAAUUCUGUCCGAUGGAUCACAUGACCUCCAAAGAUGCCAGUAUGAAACAGAAAAGGUCCUGUCUGCAGUGUACCAUGCCCUCAUCCAGCAUCAUGUGUAUCUUGAAGGCACCCUCCUAAAGCCAAACAUGGUGACAGGAGGACAAUCUUGCUCUCAAAAAUUUACACCCGAGCAAGUCGGUAUGGCAACUGUUACUGCUCUGAGACGAACAGUCCCUUCUGCAGUCCCAGGUAUCUGCUUUCUGUCUGGAGGUCAGAGUGAAGAAGAGGCAUCACUUAACCUGAAUGCCAUGAACCGCUGCAGUCUUCCUCGCACCUGGCGUCUGUCCUUCUCUUAUGGCCGUGCCCUUCAGGCCUCAGCACUCUCUGCCUGGGUCGGGAAAACAGAGAAUGAGAAAGCGACACAGGAAGCUUUCGCUAAAAGGGCAAAGAUCAACGGUUUGGCAUCCCUCGGGAAGUAUGAACCCUCUGGAUCUUCAGACUCCGCCUCCUCCAAAUCCCUCUUCCAGCCCAGCUACACCUACUAA